AACGCUUCUUACCCAGGUGGCGGACCCGUCGAGAUUGGGAGUGGGAUCGGGGGCUUGGCGUACUCCUGGGUGCUCGGCCGCCGCACCGAGCGCGAGCUGCUCAACUUCCGGCCGCACAACGUCUCGCUCGUCGGCCUCGGCACAAACCUCCGCGCCGUGCUCGCCGUCUGGAACUCGAUGCCCGCCGCGGCGUUCGGCGGCAUCAUCUGGUGCUUCCUCGACUAUCGCGUCGAGCGCAAGCUGUCCAUGGUCGGCUUCUGCUCGGGCACCAUCGCCGGCCUCGUCGCUGCCACGCCGACGUCCGGCUACGUCCCCCUCUGGGCCUCCGCCAUCACAGGGACGAUCGUCGGUGCGGUGUCGAACUACGCCACCAAACUCAAGUUCUACCUCCGCAUCGACGACGCGCUCGACCCCGGCGCGGAGCAUGCGAUGGGCGGCAUCAUCGGCCUGCUCCUCAACGGCCUCUUCGCGGACAAGAACCUCGUCGCGCUCGACGGCGUCAGCGCCGUGCCCGGUGGCUGGCUCAACCACCACUACCGCCAGCUCUACGUCCAGCUCGCCUGCGUGUGCGCG